GCCGCUCGUCCUCCGCUUCACCGACAAACGCAAGCACCUGCUGCAGCGAGUCCUGCCGCGCUGGGACCGGGUCCUGCGCACCGUCGGAGGGAGCACCUGGAAGCUCUCUGAGCGCCUCGGCCCCGACCUCGGGCCGCGCCACCAGGAGCGCGUCUUGCGGCGCUGGUCGGCCCGCACGCUCCUCAUCCACGUGGCAAACAUCGAAAAGUUCCUCGACUGGGCCUCAGAGGAGCGCCCCGGGGUCGACCACGGCAGCUUCCAGGACCACGAGGCAACGGUCGAGCUCCUCGUAAGGUAUGUCAUGGACUUGCUGGACGGGGGGGCCGCCCCCACCAUGCCCGCAGCACGGCUGCAGACAUUGCGAUUCCUCAAUCGCGCCGCCGGGCUAGCGCCGCCGCUCCCGGCUGGCGAAGUCUGCGUCCAGCACCUCGCGCUGGCCCACGCACGCGAGGCGCCAGCGUCCGCCAGGCUGCCCGCCAUCUACACAGCAGACCAAGUCCGCAGGCUCGAGCGGGCAGCCACGACCUUGCGGAACCCGCUCUACAGGGUGGUUGUCCGCACAGAACUUCGGAAACUGUUCGCCGCACUGCGGAACGACGAUGCGGUGUGGGACAAGUUCGGGGAAUGGACACAGGAAGGCACCACGGACGCGGGCUGCCUCUACGGCACGGCAUACAAGACCAAAGCCACGGAAGCCACGGCGACGCGCCUGCGAGGAGGCAUGCCGUGGAUCGCCCCCCUGCGAGGCAUCUCCCAGCCGCCCUCAGGCUGGGCCCACGGCUAUGCAUCAGACCUCAGAGCACUUGGCCUUGCAGAGGACGCGGAGUUCGCG